AUGGGUUCUGAAAAUGCAACUUAUCCACCCGCGAGUGUUCCUGCCACUAUUCUUAUGGCCGCGAAACUGGUUGAAAAAGGGAGGAUUAGCCAGACGCUCGCAGACGCCCUCCUACGAAAACUCCCAGUCCAGAAGAGAAUUCGCAAGAUCUACCAGCGGAUUAGUGAAUCCGCAAACUCUCGAUUCACUGCAGCAGACCUUGACGAUGACUUUGAAGUGAUAUUCUGGGACGACACGACCCCAAAUAAGAAGCCUAUUUUCUUCGAAGCGCUGCCCGAUGGGUUCCUUGAAUCCAACUACGAACUGCAAGAAUUUGAUUUCCCUCCGUCGGAUCCGAAAUGUGCCAGUCACUAUUGUUAUACAUUUUGGACGCAACUCGGAAGAUAUACUGGACUAAUGGAGUGGAAGCAUGAGAAAGAUCCUCUCAUUAGGUGGAAGUGGAACACUGAUCGCCCUCUGUACGACAAUCGCUCCAUCCUCGAAUAUGAAGACUCUUCAAAUCCGGAGCAUCGAUACGAAUUUAUCACCCUUGACAUCAGAGGACAUGCAGGUGUCCCUCAUUCGAUCGUUCUGCUUAUCUCGGUGCGCGAUGGCCAAUUCCAAGUUAUUGAAGCAUACUACAAUGGAAGCAAAGUUGUCCUACGAUAUGGCAUUCCGAUCAAGCUACCACGCGGCGCUCCUGCUGAAGAUCAACAGCGGAAAGUCAAGUGGCUGGUAAGAUGGCUUUAUCCAAACCCGAUCGGAGACACUCGGGAUUUUGGGUCAUUACCUUCGCAGUGA